GACCUGAUGUAGAAGACAGGCUCUCCUCUGCUCUGAAACACCGGGGCAAGGCAUGAGUUUCUAAAGGAGGACACAUGUGGAUGCUCACAGCAGCGAGGAGAAGCAGGCAGCAUCAGAGGUGCAGCACCAGGUGAGAAGAGGAGUGCAGCAAAGGUCAUGAGCACACCCACGUUUACCGGACGGCACCCAAGGGAGCUCUGCCUAACCAACCAACACCCAGAGAGAGGAGUGCAAGUCCUCCAGUUCCGACUUCAGCAGAGGAGAAGCAGAGAGGCGCAGGCAGAGGAGGGAAGCAUGCCUCUGAACCAUGGUAAGUUUCCGAAGCAGGAGGACUCUUACGCUUUCGAGGAGGACAGCAGCAGCGGCAGUCUGUCUCCAGAGCAACAGGUCAGCGAACCCGAGUCCCACAGCUCAGCCUGCACUGCAGAAGGGAGCAGCUUGGCCAGCGCCCUCGCCAGCCCAUGCCAGACAGGAUCCAGAGAUGCAUCAGGGCAGAUCCAGGAGGAGAGCAGCAGCAGCCAGACCUCCACUCCUGUACCUGUCCCUGCCAUUGUCAAGUCCAAGUCCUCAGACAAGAACCGCCACAAGAAACCCAAAGACGUGAAGCCUAAGGUGAAGAAGCUCAAAUAUCACCAGUACAUCCCUCCAGACCAAAAGGGCGAGAGAUCUCCUCCACCCAUGGACUCUGCCUAUGCCCGGCUCCUCCAGCAGCAACAGCUAUUCCUCCAGCUACAGAUCCUGAGCCAACAGAAGCAUGCGCACACCCAGUCCACCCACCAGCACCCGCACAGCACCCAUCAGCACCAGGGACCAGCCAGGCAGCCCACGUUCAGCUACCAGCCCCACCCUCCCACACACAACCAAAAGGGGACCAGUGAGCAGCUCUCAUGUAGCUCCGGCUCAGCCAAUAGUAAUUCAUCCUCUCCGGUCAAGAACGCCUUCCCCAACCAGAGCAGCAUCUCAGCGGUCAAGCCUGGACCUCUGCCCGCCAACCUGGAUGACCUCAAGGUGUCUGAGCUGAGGCAGCACUUGCGGAUGCGUGGCAUGCCCGUCUCUGGUACUAAGACCGCCUUGAUCGAACGGCUCCGCCCAUUCACCGAGCCCUGCUGUGGCUCCUCCCCUCCCUCUGACAUCACAACAGGCACCUUCCCCGUCACCCCCAGUGGCUCCCUGACCUCCAGCUCUAUGUCCCAGGGCUUCUACCCAUCCUACACAUCCUCAUCCAGCCCACCCGUGUCCCCUGCAUCCUCCGAGCUGUCUCUGAACGGAUCACUGCCGGACAGCUUCAGUGACAUGUCCCCCCAUGCUCACUUUGCCCUCCAGCCCUCUCCUGCAGACAUGGAGGACAGGCUGGGGGCAGGACAUGGGGUGGAAGGGGCGGGGCUUGGGGCAGCGCCAGAGGGGAUGGAGGCAGAAAAAGACAAGAUGCUGGUGGAGAAGCAGAAGGUGAUCGAUGAGCUGACGUGGAAACUGCAUCAGGAACAGAGACAGGUGGAGGAACUGAAGAUGCAGUUACACAAGAGGAAGCGCUCAUACGGCUCCACCCAGGACCCCGGACCACCCCUGCCCCUGCCCUCUCUGCCCCAGCACAGCCCCUCUCUCAUAGGACAACACUUCUUUGGAGUCACUGUCAAACAGGAGCCAGUCCCUCUGUCCUCUAGCUGCCCCUUGUCCUCUCCCAAACAGCUGAAGAGCCCGGGGGUGGGGCACAUGGAGGAAGCAGGCCCUGGGGGGACACAGCUCAUGGAUGGGGCUCCUCACUCGGCCUUCCUCAGUCCCCAGGCCUCCCCACAAGAUUCCCCCCCAGGAAAGACUUCCCACAGCCCCCAGCCCCCCUCUCCUCACGCUCCCUACAUGCUCACACCUCCACUGGGCAGAGACGACUGUGGACACCCUCAUGCCCAGGGAGGAGGCAGGCUGUGCACCAUGCAGGUGCAGCAGAAGAGCAGUGGUCAGAUGAUGAACUGUUCCUACCCCUCUGACCACAGAGCCUACACCUCAGACAGUGGGAUCAGCCAUGGCUCCUCUGUGAAGAGUGAGAACAUGUCCAAGCAGCUAAAUAGGAGUCAGCAGAUGGACGAACUUCUGGAUGUGCUCAUAGAAAAUGGAGGAUGCCCGGGUUUGCUGGUGCCCAGAUUCCACCGGCACUAUGAGCACCCACCCCCCGGCCAGCUGCCCUACGACCACCCAGCCAAUCACGUGCCAGACGGCCACCUGGAGACGUUGCUGAGCGCUCCCAUUGGCCGAGGCAUGGAGGCGGAGGGGGAGGGCUACAGCGGUCACCCUCGGCAACCUCACCAUGUUUCAGACAAGCUGCUACUGUCUGCGCCCGAGCUGCAGGGUGUGGCCUUCAGCAUGGCCUUUAGCGAAGCGCCCUGGGACAACAUGGAGUGGCUGGAUCUGACCCCGCCCACCUCCGCCAACACUUACAGCGUAGCUCCGCCCACCACACCCAGCGUCUUCACCACCGAGUUCCUGGACGUGACAGACAUGAGCCUGAGCGCCGCCAUGGACCUCCCCCUGGACCACUGGUGAAGGCUACACUGGUGAAGGACUCCUAUGAGAAGAACCAGAGAACUUGAUGGUAGUCAGUGGGAGCUACAGACCAGCUCACCUCUGUGCUCAUAGUUUUGUAUACUGUUAUUAAUGUUAAUGUCCACUGGGCUGGAAACUGGCCUUAUAUUGAGAAUCAAGAGUCAUGAAGGAUUUAUACAUUUCUGAGCUAAUGAGUCACGUUAUAAUGUCAUCAAAAACAAACCUGGAUUGGGGUUUGAGUAAUCCUCCUUGAGUAAAUCAACUUUUUUGGAGCUUUCUACUAUGUUAUAUCAUCAUUCUCUCUGAUCAAAAACAUGCCAGAAGAGGUUUUAGAUGUCAUCCAUGCAUGUUUCAGUAAUCUAGCAAUCUCUCCCGUACUCUAUUCAAACCCUUCUUACAGUUAGCAGUACACGCCCAUGCCUUCUGUACAAAUGCCACCCCACAAGCCUGCGUCACUUAUGCUCCAGCACAGCAAUUUUCCAUAAAUAUACAAAAGCAUGAUAUGAAACAAUACACUACAACUUCACAAACCUGAUGCACUGUGCAGUAGCUUCAUUAACAAGAUGCACACUGAUUGUGCUGUGUUAGCGUUUUCAAGGGGGAGUGACUUACUGCGGAGAGCAAAAGGAGGAGGACUCAGAAUGUCAAAAACAAAAGUGUUUUAAGAGAAUACAGCAUUUUCAAAACAACAAAAAAAUAUAACAGUGUCUAAACCCCAUAGAGGUGUAAUCCCCCCCUUUAAAGUCAAGAUAACGCCAGACACCAAACUUAGUCUAAUCAUUUCAGUGCUCAAAAUGCCUCAGAUAAUAAGCUCAAGUUUACCCUGAGUAGACAUGGUUUUAGUCUGUUACAAACUGCUUUAUUUUUCACUAUGUCAGAGAUACACACCUAGCACC